AUGGUAGAAAGUCCAGUAGCUGAGAUUCACGCCAUACGAUUUGGCCCUCAACACACAGCAUUAAUUGACCCAUUCAUAAAACAUUCCAUGCCUAUUCCACUCCGUGGAGAACUCCAAUUUAUUGUUUGGCAUAGAAGUGUAAAUGCAGUUGUUCAACUCGCCCCAGACCCUGCUGGUAUUCAACCUGUAGUAAUCAACUUAUGCAAAGUUAACCGAAUAGAGCCUAUUACUAUUAGAAAAGUUUGUCUGCCACCAGAAUUGGCAGCUAAAAAGCCCCACAAACUACCCCAUUUGCCCCACUCCUUUGCCAAGGAAGUUGUACGUCUAACAGAUGUUAGUGAAACAACUUUUGCUCCGUUUGGAAGAUUGAUAAAUGAUUUUACUAUGCAUAAUGAGGAGCCGGGAGAAGCUUGUUGGCCUGGGGUGGAAGCAGCUUAUAGGGAAGGAAUGGCUGGGACGUUGUGUCAAGAAUUUAUGGUCACUUGGAAAAUGCAACAGAUCGAACCAGAACAUGGUGUUGGUAAAUUAGAGUUGGAAUUUGAAGGGAUAACUGGGUCAUUUGCUGGAGAAAAGGGGCAUCCAGGAGUUGACUAUUCUUCUGAUUUGGGAAUUUAUAGAGCUAAUGUGAGAUGGAUUUUUGAUUAGAAUUAAAAAUGAUAAGAUGCCAAAAUAUCGUGUCCGGACAAAAUAUCGAAUCGUUAAAAUAUGGA